GCGGGACGGGACGGGACGGGACGGGACGGGCGGUCCCCCGGGGCCAGGUGACGGGCUGCUCGGUUCGCCGGAGCAGAGGCGGCCGGAGGCGGCGGGCUCCCGAGGGCGAGGAGAGACCGGCAAGGCGGCGGGCUGCGAAGGCGGGAGUCUCCCUGCGCUGCCGGGCUGAGGAUGGUUGCCUGGGGAAAACAGCACUGCUGUGUUGGCAGAAUACAGGACAUUUUCUUGAAAUUCAGGAUUGUUCUAGCAGUUCUUUUACUUCAUUUGUUCCUGGCUACAGCAGGCAAAGAUCAGGAGGAUUUCCUAGGACGAUAUAAAGCUGUCUUUAAGACUGCAUGUGAAGAUCCUUGGAUUAUGUCACCAAGAAUUUCUCUGCAUCCCUUGAAAGAAUUCCUUGUCUGUGUGCAUCUCAAGCUAUAUUCCUCAAAUAGUCCCUGGACAGCUUAUGUUUACAAUCAAGAAACAGCUCACACCAAUCUCUCUUCAGAUAAGUACAAUCUUGGACUUACAGGACAUCAUAAUAAAUUGAGGAUAUGGUUGUUUGGAUAUCAGAUAAAUACAACAGCAAGACUUCAAGAAAACACUUGGAACCAUAUAUGUAUCCAGUGGAAAAGUGAAAAUGUAGAGAUGAAGGUAUUCAUAAAUGGAUCAAAAAAACUAAACAAAAGGCUACCUGGGAAAGUUAAUUUCCCUGGAAAAGGGAAGUUCUUACUUGGCUGUUCAAAGCUGCCAGGUACAGCUACAUCACCUGACCUGGGCAUGACUGGGGAGCUGUACAUGUUCAGAAUGUGGGAUAAAGCAAAUAUAAAGCAAUCUGUGGGCUGUGAAGAUAGUGGUGUUAUACGCUGGAGACAGGAGGACUGGGUCUAUAAUAAGACAGUAGAAGACGAUGACUCUUUGCCAUGUGUUGAAACAACUUCUACGUUGCCUGACAGAAAACUGAUAACAGAAGAAACAGAUGCAACAACGAGUUCUGAUAUGACUUCAGAGGAGACUACACAAACUGCAGUUCCUAACAUCACUGAUUAUCGUUCCACCUUAACGCCAGGAGAAACGAUUUUAUGCAACAUAACACCUGUGUGUAAUUUUUCAGUGUUCUACGUGGGCAAGGUAGAACUUCGGGCAAAUGAAGAAAAUAACACAUCACUAAAGAUAAAUAACGUAACUGUGAACAAUCAAGUUACAAAAGUAACUGCAAUUCCACCACCUACCCCACAAGAACUGAGAAUUUCAGAGUUCAACAAAACCUUGCAAGAAUUAAGUGAGUCCUCUGUUAUGAAAUGCAGUUCAGAAAACCAGAGUAUAUACUGCAAUUUCAUAGUGAAGCUGUCUGAGAGAGAAAAUAUAAGUAGUUUAACAGACAAAGAAGAAACAAGCCAAGUUGAACGGUGCUGCUGUUCAUCACCAAAGUAUUGUUCCUUGACUGCUGAAGAGCUACAGAUGUUUACUAUACAAGUGCCUUCUCAUUCUGUAUGGAUUCCUUUCCGCCAUCCUCCUCCUCUCCCUAAGAAGACUUCAGGCAAACCUAAAGUUUUUAUUUCCCCCACUGUGCAUUCUACCAAACAAAGCCCCACAAUUAGACCACUGAUCCCACCAUUCACAAAACAUUCUUUUUCUGGAACUCUCUCUACAUCUCCCACUACAGAUCCUCUCACUGAAACUUUUACCACAUCAGCUACUGAAACUUCUGUGCCUUCCACCAGUGUUACCACUACACUUUCUUCUUCUGAGUCUCUGGCGCAACCUACCAUACCUACUUUUCCUUCCAUAGCUUCUAAUAAAUCUGUCACUAUUGCCACACCUGCAACAAAAAUUGUUACUAAUGCUGCUUUCUCAAUUAAAUCUGAUGCUACAUAUCUUCACAAGCCUAUUACAAUAAUUUCUCCUUCUGUAGGUUUCACUAAACAUUCUGCAGCUUCUUCUGAGCUUACCCACAAACCUUCAGUAGCCAUGCCCCACUUUAAGACUACCACCAAAUCUGUUACACAAAUUCAUUCUGCUGCAGAUUCCACCCAACCUAUUUCUGGUAACAAAAGUGUUACACCAGCACCUAUUCUUCCCCUUACUCCUUUCACAAUAACUUUGACCCCUACUGUUAGUCCUGUCAACCAUUCUGUCUCAGCUUCUCAUCCUCAUUCUACUGCCGAUGGCCAUGGUAGCCUGCCUAAUGGGAGUACAGGAAAGACAUUGUCAGCUACCACAUACACAACUUCUGUAUAUACCACUAUUAGUGUCGCUACAGCCGAGCAAAUCGUGUCCCAAAUAGAAAAUGAUUUAGCAGAUGGAAAAGUAGAGCCAAAAGAUGUAGAAAGGAUGGUUAGUGAAGUUAGUCAAGUCCUGACUGCUUCUCAACCAUUACCACCACGAAUUUCUAACAGAAUUAUAAAACUAGUAGAUUAUAUUGGCUUAAAACUGAACUUUUCAACAACAUUUGCUGAUUUUGGCUCCCCUUCCUUGGCACUGGCAGUUAUCAAAACCAAUAGCAUCCGCUCACAUCAAAUGUCUUUUACUGUCCAGGACUCAACUGAUCUACAGAUCUCUCUAGGCAUCGAUGCAAUUAAUGAUUUAAAUAAUCUUGGAUCAAUUACACUUCCCUCAUCACUGCUGACAAAUUUACCCCCUGAAGAGUUGGACUUGGCUUCUAGAAUUAUAUUCAACUUCUUUAAAAAGACAACUGUGUUCCAGGAUCUAUCCUUGAAGAAUGCAUCUUUAAUCAGCAAUGUCAUAUCAUCAAGUGUUGCUAACCUCACAAUUGGGAACUUAAAGGAAAAUGUUACUGUCACUUUACAAAAUAUCAAACCUAAUCAGGACAAUUCAACAGUUAGAUGUGUUUUUUGGGACUUUAGUAAAAAUGGUGGAAAUGGAGGCUGGUCACAUGAAGGUUGCAUAGUUAAAGAAAGUAGAGUGAAUGAAACAGUCUGUUCAUGCAACCACCUCACAAGCUUUGCAGUUUUGAUGAACUUGUAUGGAAAUACUCCUUUGAAUCCCACACAAGAAUUGGUACUGACUUUUAUAUCCUAUAUAGGCUGUGGCCUCUCUGCAAUUUUCCUUUCCAUUACUCUUGUGACCUACAUAGCUUUUGAGAAAAUCCGGAGAGAUUACCCAUCCAAAAUCCUUAUUCAGCUGUGUGCUGCGUUACUUCUGCUCAACUUAGUUUUCCUCCUUGACUCAUGGAUUGCGUUAUAUGAUAAACGAGGCCUCUGCAUUGCAGUUGCAGUAUUUCUUCACUAUUUCCUCUUGGUUUCCUUCACUUGGAUGGGCCUAGAAGCUUUCCACAUGUAUCUGGCCCUUGUGAAAGUCUUUAAUACCUAUGUACGGAAAUACAUUCUUAAAUUUUGCAUUGUUGGUUGGGGGUUACCAGCAGUAGUUGUGUCCAUCGUGUUGGCAGUAUCACCAGAUAAUUAUGGACUUAUAACCACUGGGAAGGUUUCAAUAAACAGCCCGGAUGAAUUCUGCUGGAUUAAAAAUAGAGUUGUCUUCUAUAUUACUGCUGUGGGAUACUUUUGCCUGAUAUUCCUGAUAAAUAUCAGCAUGUUCAUUGUGGUGCUGAUCCAGCUGUGUCGUAUCAAAAAGAAAAAACAACUCGGCGCUCAAAGAAAAACCAGUAUUCAAGACCUUAGGAGUGUUGCUGGCCUCACAUUCUUACUGGGAAUUACUUGGGGAUUUGCUUUUUUCACAGUAAAUGAUGUGUUUACUUAUCUCUUUACCAUUUUCAACACUCUGCAAGGGUUCUUCAUUUUUAUCUUCUAUUGCGUAACAAAGGAGAAUGUCCGUAAACAAUGGAGAAGAUAUCUCUGUUGUGGGAAAUUCAGGCUGGCUGAAAACUCUGACUGGAGUAGAACUGCUACUAAUGGUUUAAAGAAGCAGACUGUAAAUCAAGGAGUAUCCAGUUCUUCCAAUUCCUUACAAUCAAACAGUAACUCCACUAACUCUACAACACUGCUAAUGAAUAACGAUUAUUCAGUGCACAUGAAUGGAAAUGGCCAUCUUUCCAAUGAGAAGAAUGGUGUCUCUUUCACUGUACAGAACGGUGAUGUGUGUCUCCAUGACUUUUCAGGCAAACAACAUGUAUUUCAAGAAAACGAUGAUACAGGCAGCCAAAAAAGCCACAUGUCACUCAGAAGGACUUCAAGGAGAGGAAGCCUAAGUUUUAUUGAGAAAAUGUGAUUUCCUUUUAAACAGUACAUUGUUUUACAGUGUGAAAUAGAGAUUUCCUUUCAACAGUUUUACACAAUGUGAGCAGACCAAGAACUGAUUUUAUUUAAUAUAUGGUACUGGAACUUCAAGGCAGCCAUGCAGUGGAUUGACAAGGACUAUUAAUUAUUUAAAGAGAGAGGAAAAAAAAGAAGCUACUAUUUUGACAAAGUAUCUUGGAUGUCAAAUUACAUCUGGUAUAUUUCCAUUUUGAUUCUUCAUUAGAGAUAUUUUGAGGUGUUUUUUUACAUUUAAAGGAAAGUUUUCUUUAGACUUCUUUCAUUACAACUAAGUUUAUAUGGCUAUAACGCGUAGUAGUAUAAGGAUGUUAUCUUUAAAAACGUUAGCUACACUGUCUUCAACCUUUUGUACAUUGUAUUAGUAAGCUCUCUAGUGAUGUACAUAAACAGAAGCAUAUCAGCCUUUAAGCAUCUUAAUGAUACUUUUAUGUAUAUGAUUCUAUGAUACUUUUAUAUUUAUUUCUUGUAAUAUAAAUUUAAAUAUUCUUAUGUAUAGAAAAAUAAUUGGUGUUUUGUUUUAACUUUUAUUGUAAGUUUGUGUUUUUUCUUUAACUGAGAGAAUUAACUUUACCAUAGAACGAAGCAGGAGUUAGUUUGUUCAGUAUGUGGAAUCACUUACAGUGGUUUGAAUAUUUUCACUAGAUACAGAACUGUAAAUACAGUGUCGGUCUUGAACCUUUAGCAACCUCUUAGUUCGCCACAGAGGGACAGAACCUGGGUAUCAUCAAAUCAGAAUGAGAGAGGGAUCAAUAAAGUAGGGAGUAGGUUAUUAAAGACAAUGAAGCUACAUUAGUGGCUUGAGUAAGUCCCUAGGAGCUUUUACCGUUGAUUUCGGCAGGUUGAUGUUUUAUCUUGAGUGGUGGUUCCAAGGAUUAAACACACUGCCAUUUCCCAGUUGCAAUGAUAAAGGAAACAGAAGUGUUACUUUUUGAAGAAAAAAAAAAACCUACAGAGAAUAAAUGCUAGCUGCUGUAUUUAUUAGCCAAGAAAUUGUUUCAUUGUGGCUGUUUUGUAAGGGGCAGUUCUUGAGUUACUCUAAUGAGUAUUUUGGCUUGUGCUUUGCUUAGCCCUUGGUUGCCAAGCCAAAUCCUGAGGCCUUAGCUCAGUAAUUCCUGAAAGAAAAAUGGAUUCCUUUUGUGAUAUUUGUCUGAAAAAGAUGAAUUUUGGCUCUUCACGCAUAACAGCUGAAAGCCCAUCCAACAUUUUGAGGAUUCUUCCUGAGUAGAAAUUAGCUGGAGCCUUGGUUGUGCCUCUUCCUCCUGACGCAGGUGUGCAGCUGUGGCCGUUACUUUUUUCCCCUUGUGUUCUUGGGAAAAGGCUGGAUGAUCCUGGAGCAAGAGCUAGAACAAAUGUGUGCCACAUUGCAGAGUGCCAGACCCUGUGAAGGGGUUUUUUUUGAGGCAACUGCAGGCUGGAGGGGGGCAAGAGCUUUGCUUUCCCAGAGGAGGCAGUAGGAAGCCCUGAGAACACUCCACUCAACAAAAAGCAUGAGUUAAAUGCCUCCUAUCUGGGGCUUAGUUGUAGCUGAGCAACGGAACCUCUUUGGUACUCAACCUUCUUGUGGCUCUAACAUGCAACAAGGGGGUUCUUCCAGUCACCUGUGGCCACGACUGCUCUGAAUAUGCUUCCACAGUGAGAACUGAAAGUAUUUGUUGUGUUUAUCCACAAAGGUUUAACUGCAUGCUAAUAAAAGACCAUACUGGAAUGCUAGUAGCUGGAAUGCAUUUCUGUGAACGCUUUAACCAUUUGGCUAAUUGCCUUUGCACUGUUUCUUGUAAAUUUAUUUAAUGUUCUUAUAUUUAUAUUUUCAACUGUAAAAACAAAGUAAUAAAUUUACAGCAAGUACAACAAGUGAAAUACAUAAACUUUGUCUUUUAGAGAAA